UGUGGCGCCAUCCAGCGGGGAGGGGGUUGGCAACCUGCCCCCUGGCUGAUUUCUUUUUUAAACAAAGAAAACUUAAUCGGUAAGAAUGCAAAACAACACCGUAAAAUAAAAGGAUGUUGGGACCGCGAGUAAGAGUGAUAUAUUUUCCCCAUCAUCAUGUUGAGUGAGUCCGAAGCCUCAUUCCCUUUUGAAUUGUCCCCACCCCCCACCCCACCAAAAGCUUCAUACGCCGCUGGGGCAGAUCCCCCCCCCAACUCGGUUGUCAUACGUCCGAACCUUUUAAAGCUUGGCAUGCAUGUCCAAAUGCGCGUUGUAUAGCUUUCAAGUUUCAGUUCAAUCCAAUACAUUCAUUUGCUGUUCAUGGCCACACGCGAGUCGCACUGAACGCUUCAGCUGGAAAAGUUUAGAUUUUUGACUGACCUGUCUCGCGAAAAUGAGCGUGUCGCGAGAACGGCAUGUCGGAUUUUCACAAAAGUGGUAUCGAAAUGACUGCAAGACAUCCCUGGGAAAACCCGUGAAAGCUGGGCACGGAAAAAAAUGCAUUUCGACGAUAUCGGAAAAAAAAUCGGGGUAGGUUCUACCCACGGCCCUCUUGGGAUAAUAAUUAAGUUCAUAUAACUCCCGUCUAUAAUGUCUAUCACAAUGAUAAUUUUUACUUGGACGCUUAAUUCCAUCUUCUCCUUUUUGCUUUCUGGAGGCUUUAUAGAAAAAAAAAUGGAAAAUGUUGACAUCCUAUUCCACGGGCAUCAUUUCAAUCGGUUAUAAUACAGAGCCCGCAAUUUAAUUCUUGACUGACCCCCAGGAGUAGAAGUUAAUUUAUUAGUGUGAAUUAAUGGAAUGAUUACAGAAUAUUAGAAAUUCACUCCAGUUUCAUUUUUUCCUUCCUGUUUGCCGGCACCCAACCGAGGUCUCAAUCUUUACAGCCCAUUGAGAUCAACGACAACCGCCGUGACAAAGGCUGGGUUUGAAGGGGACGGCCAUCGAUUCAGCCCGGCCCCAGCACCGUGGACGCCCGUCGCCUAGCAGCCGGGAACAACGCGUCUGAAACCCGUCGAGCCGGCUCACUAGUUGCUGGUCAGCCGAAGUGAUCGCACGGAGUGUAUAAUUCCUCUGUCAGAGGGAGACAUGGCGCAGGAUUCAGAAAGCUGAACCGUCAUUCCAGGCUAUCGUUAGCAGCGGUAAAUGAAAAUGGUAACACAGAGAGGCCACCAAGUUUGAAAUCUGCCACCAGCGCGCCAUGAUCCAGGACGGCGUCGAGCCAACCAACAUUGGGGGCGCUAUGGUGAAGGCCAUCAACCGCAAACCCCGAGCGUUUCAGACCCCAGGCGAGAAGUCCUACCUCCUCGACGCUCACGAAACGCGCCUACGUGAACGCCUGCAACUCGUCAACCACGUCGAGGACACCCGACUGGCGCGUCUCCAGCGGCAGAUCGCGUCCAGUGAGCGCGCCAACGUUGGUCGGAUCCUGCGCCGGAAGGACCAGAUGCGCGUCACGCUGAUCAACAUCGCCAGCAGCAAGCGCAAGAUACGGGCCAACGUGGGCGACUUCGAGCGCCGGCUGAAGAACGGCACCAACUCCCCCGUGUUCGCCCUUGAGCAAGAACGCAUCCGGAGGAAGGAGCAGGAACUCGAGGUGCUGUGCGAGCGGCUGCGGGCUCCCAACUCGCAGCUCCUGGCAGCCCAUGUGCAGGACGAGCUGCGGAGCAUUGAGUCGAGACUCGACGCGAGUCCCAGCCGUCUCGUCUCAUCGCAGCCGCCCUCCGUCGCUGAAACUUGUACUCCGAUCAAACCAGAAACUUCAACAGAUCAAAAGAUUCUAGUGAAUGACACUACCAGCCAACCAGUUGAACAGACUAAAACCAUGCCGAUAAACAACAUAGAUCACCACCUGGACGAAAUGCACGCUAAAAUGAGCAAAGCCAUCAUUUCCAGGCCAAAGAAUUCAGAUUUGCUGCAUGACCAUGAAGAAGGUCAUUUUCCCAUCACACUGUCGACAGACUUUGAACCGAAAACGAUACCGAGAGAGGCCAGUCGUAGAACGCCAGUUCCGAAACCGGGCACGCCUGCCGAACUCAAGGACGCAUCUAAAAUACAAAACAACGUCGUCCCGGUGGAAGUGCCCGUUCGAGAAUUGCCACCGUUGAGAGUCACGAGGAGCAAUAAGCAGAGGUAUCUGGCCCUCAUGCAGCAGAAACUCGUCCGGACCGCCAACCGCGACCGGGAGAUCAGCAACAGCGCCCUCCAGAGGGAGCGGCACGCCGUCAAGCGGGUGGCCGAGCUGAAGGUCAAGACGCGGGAGGACAUCCAGGGCCGUCGGACGGCGGACUCCGAUGACUCCCUGGGCAGUAUCAAGCAGCAGGAGGCGGUGACCAGACUGCAGGUUACCAGGAUGGGCUCCAUCCUUCCGGGCGUCAUGGAGGCACCUGAGAGGAGCCGGGAGAAAGCCCGCGACCACGCCACUCCCGCCGCCCGGGCGACCGGCAGAAGACGACGGCAGUCGAGACGGGCCACCGACUCGGCGACGACGGGCGUUUCACUUCCCCCGUUGCGAAUAAACGUCGAGGUCCUCAAGGAAUUGAAAGAAUCUCGUCUAAGGCACAGACAUCAGUCUCAUAAACUGCCCAAAUUGCCUUGAAAUACAGCUUGUCCCAUUAGCAGUUGAACUGUCCUAAAUCCGUAAAUUUCAUAGAAGUGUUCUAUUUUAGUCUAGUCAUAAAUUAAAGAUUUCUUUUUAUAAUACUGCUAUUUAACUGGCCGACAUUUUGAAACACGAUAUAACACAUUGAAUGACGAUAAUAAUGAAAAACCGUGGAGUGUACUUAAAUAGAAACUAAAGUAUUUUUCAUAAACUGGAGAGGGUGAGUUGAGCAUACAUUCCAGCCAAAAUUGAAUUUCAGUGAAAAGCCAGACUUUGAAUACAGAAUUACAUCCAAGGACUGUAGUACUUCCAAGGAAAUUAAAAGGAAUAAUUAAAUGGAUAUUAUUUCAGAGGGAAUUUGAACAUGUCAUCACGUUUCUACACGUUUCCUCUGUACACUUUCAGGGUCAUAGCAGUCGUAAAAUAAGGGUGAGUUUUGAAAUGGGAUUAAAAAAACAAGGGUUGCAUUAGGAUGAGCUAUGGAAAGAAAACAUGUAACAGUUCAUUUAGUCUGAGUAGAUGGACAGAGUUGCCGCCAUUUUCUUGCCGAGUGUUAUUUAACCUUAUCGUUCCGUCCAAAGUAUACAGUAGUGCAGUUAUUAGAAUAAAUGAUUACUUGUGUAUCCA